AUGAUCAGCUAUGUUAGUUUCAAUAUAUAUGGUAAAAACAUCGUGCUUCAGAAAAAAUUCAUCGAAUUGUUUACAGAUACAACUGUUAAUAACGAUACUCAAUUAUCUGAAGACUAUGUCAGAAACUACUUCAAUGCAUCAAACGAUAAUGUUGGUGCUCAUUGGUUACGUAUCAUUAAACAUUAUCUUUCUAUACCACUUGAUAAUGGUUAUGGAUCUCAUCAGCCUGUUCUACUUGCUGCUAGUAUACUAACAGGUAGACAUGGUGGACCUAUAUUGGAAAUGGGUUGUGGUUAUUAUUCAACACUUCUUCUUCAUGAAAUAGCUGUUAAACAGCAAAAUCGUUAUCUUCUCUCGUCUGAUACUGAUCGUGAAUGGUUAAGAAAAUUCGAAGCAAACAUGUCAUCAUCGAUGCAUCAAUUUCGUCACAUUAAUAAUGUGUCUGAAUGGGAUACUAUUAAUAUUAAUCAUCCUCGAUGGUCUAUGAUUUUGAUUGAUCAUAAACCAGGUGAACGACGUACCACCGAUAUUAUUCGUUUAGUAAAUGUUACCGAUGUAAUUAUAGUACAUGAUACAGAAACUGCUACAUAUUAUUAUGAAGCAGGUUUGUCACUAUAUCCCUAUAGAUACCAUUAUACCUACUUAGGAACAGCUACUGAUAUAGCAAGUAAAAGCAAUGGAACACUUAUCCAAAAUAUAAGGUAUUUACUUGAACUUACCGUCAGUCUAAAAGUUCCAAGACUACCAAGUACUUGA